AUGUUUGGUGACCAUAACUUCAUGGAUGUGUCCGACCCUGAGCAGAGACACAAACAUUUUGACAAAAACUUGGGGCUGAUCUCUGAAGAGAUCAUUGAUGUAGGUGAAAAUGGCCUAGUACCAGACGACUUCACAGAAGUUGAGUUCAAGACGGGCAUGUGGUGGCGCCAUCUGGUGGCUGGCGGAGCAGCAGGAGCCGUAUCGAGAACAUGCACAGCUCCAUUGGACAGGAUCAAGGUGUUUCUGCAGGUUCAUGCAUCCAGUAAAAAUAACCUGACUGUUAGAACAGGAUUGAGACAGAUGCUGGAGGAAGGAGGAUCCAGGUCAUUGUGGAGGGGAAAUGGCGUAAAUGUCAUCAAGAUUGCUCCUGAGACAGCUGUUAAGUUUAUGACCUAUGAACAGAUAAAAAUUCUUUUCAGAGGGGACACAGCAAGAGAGUUGGGGGUUGCAGAAAGGUUGUUGUCAGGGUCGAUUGCUGGUGCCAUCUCGCAGACCAUUAUCUACCCCAUGGAGGUAUUGAAAACCAGAUUAGCUCUCAGAAGAACGGGUCAGUAUGCUGGCAUUGUUGACUGUGCCAUGAAAAUUGCCAGGCUGGAGGGAUGGGGUAGCUUCUUCAGAGGCUAUGUACCCAAUUUGUUAGGGAUUAUACCCUACGCUGGCAUUGAUCUGGCCAGUUAUGAGACUCUAAAGAAGCUCUACAUCCAGAAAAACAAGGACAAGGAACCUGGAAUCUUGGCCCUGCUGCUCUGUGGGACCAUCAGCAGUACUUGUGGUCAGCUGACCAGCUAUCCCCUGGCACUGAUCAGAACACGGAUGCAAGCCCAAGCUCAGACCGGAUCUCUCUCUAAAGACACAAUGACUGGAAUCUUCAAACACAUACUCAGACGUGAUGGUAUCCGAGGACUGUACCGGGGUAUAGCCCCCAACUUGCUCAAAGUGGCCCCAGCUGUUAGUAUCAGUUACGUUGUGUAUGAACACAUGGGAUCAGUCCUUGGAAUUGAAAAGUGUUAA